GCUCCCGAGGUCAAGUGUAUGUGCGCCGGCUCCCACGCUCACCCACACGGAGUGAAGAUGGCGAUGAGAGCGGCGCUGCGGUGCCUCUCCGCAAACUUGACCUCCGGACUUCCCCAGCUGUCGCCCACCGCGGCUCUCCCAGCGACACGGCUGGUGUGGGCGGCGAGGACACUGAGCACUACGACCUCCCGCGCCGAAGCUUUAAAGUUCACAGAUAAGCACGAGUGGGUGCGAGUAGAAGGUGACAUUGGCACCGUCGGUAUCAGCAAUUAUGCUCAGGAAGCUUUAGGCGAUGUGGUGUACUGCGGACUCCCUGAAGUGGGCCAAAGCCUUGAGCAAAUGGAGGAGUUUGGUGCCUUGGAAAGCGUGAAGGCUGCAAGUGAGCUUUACUCACCGCUGACAGGUGAAGUGAAGGAAAUCAACACCGAGCUGGCCGACAAUCCUGCACUGGUGAAUAAAGCCUGCUAUACAGACGGUUGGCUCAUCAAGAUGACCAUCGAAAGGCCGGAAGAGCUGCAAGGCCUCAUGGAUCAAGAUGCAUAUGAUAAUUUUAUCAAAUCGCUGGAAUAAUAAAUCUUUCAACUCGC